GGAAGUUCCACGUCAGUAUCCACUGCACCGUUCACUGAAAUCGCAACAUUUGGACCCCGACUGCAAUUGUUCUUAUAGAUUUAGCUGAUUUUAUUGCGACAUCAGGGGAUAAAGGAUGCCUCUGAGGCUGGACAUCAAGCGGAGGCUGACGGCCAGGUCGGACCGAGUGAAGAGUGUGGACCUUCAUCCCACUGAGCCAUGGAUGCUGGCCAGUCUGUACAACGGCAGUGUCUGUGUGUGGAACCACGAAACACAGACACUGGUGAAAACUUUUGAAGUGUGUGACCUCCCUGUGAGAGCAUCAAAAUUUGUUGCAAGGAAGAACUGGGUCAUUACUGGAGCGGAUGACAUGCAGAUCCGUGUGUUUAACUACAACACCUUGGAGCGGGUCCAUAUGUUUGAGGCUCACUCAGACUACAUCCGCUGCAUUGCUGUCCACCCAACCCAACCCUACAUCCUCACCAGCAGUGAUGACAUGCUGAUCAAGCUGUGGGACUGGGAGAAGAAGUGGUCUUGCAGCCAAGUGUUUGAGGGUCACACUCACUAUGUCAUGCAAAUUGUUAUCAAUCCCAAGGAUAAUAAUCAGUUUGCCAGUGCCUCCCUAGACAGAACAAUUAAGGUUUGGCAGUUAGGCUCCUCAUCUCCCAACUUUACUUUGGAAGGUCAUGAGAAAGGAGUUAACUGCAUUGAUUACUACAGUGGUGGAGACAAGCCCUAUCUUAUAUCAGGGGCUGAUGAUCGCCAGGUCAAAAUCUGGGACUAUCAGAAUAAAACCUGUGUUCAGACACUAGAGGGCCACGCACAGAAUGUUUCUUGUGUCAGCUUCCACCCAGAGUUGCCGAUCAUCAUCACCGGAUCAGAGGAUGGUACGGUGCGAAUUUGGCACUCCAGCACUUACCGCCUAGAGAGCACUCUGAAUUAUGGCAUGGAGCGAGUGUGGUGUGUGUGUGGACUCAGAGGCUCUAACAAUGUGGCACUGGGCUACGAUGAAGGCAGCAUCAUUAUCAAGGUGGGUCGUGAGGAGCCGGCCAUGUCUAUGGACACCAACGGAAAAAUCAUCUGGGCCAAACACAGUGAAAUCCAGCAGGCUAACCUGAAGGCUAUGGGAGAUGCUGAAAUCAAGGACGGAGAGAGACUGCCACUGGCUGUCAAAGACAUGGGCAGCUGUGAGAUUUACCCACAAACCAUUCAGCAUAACCCCAACGGAAGGUUUGUUGUGGUGUGCGGAGAUGGAGAGUAUAUCAUCUAUACUGCUAUGGCUUUGAGGAACAAGAGUUUUGGCUCAGCACAGGAGUUUGUCUGGGCACAUGACUCAUCUGAAUAUGCCAUCAGAGAGAGCAGCAGUAUCGUCAAAAUCUUCAAGAACUUCAAAGAAAAGAAAUCUUUUAAGCCUGACUUUGGAGCUGAAGGGAUCUAUGGAGGCUUCUUGCUUGGAGUCCGGUCAGUGAAUGGCCUUGCAUUUUACGACUGGGAAAACACAGAACUGAUCCGCCGCAUUGAGAUCCAGCCCAAACAUAUCUUCUGGUCCGACUCUGGGGAGCUGGUGUGCAUAGCUACAGAGGAGUCAUUUUUCAUUCUGCGUUACCUGGCAGAUAAAGUAGCCGCCUCCCAAGAAAACAAUGAAGGAGUCACAGAAGACGGAAUUGAAGACGCUUUUGAGGUUCAGGGAGAAAUUCAUGAGAUCGUCAAGACUGGACUGUGGGUAGGAGACUGCUUCAUCUACACCAGUUCAGUAAACAGACUCAACUACUAUGUUGGAGGGGAGAUUGUGACUAUUGCUCAUCUGGACAGAACCAUGUACCUACUGGGCUACAUCCCCAAAGAUGACCGUUUGUAUUUGGGGGAUAAGGAGCUCAACAUCGUCAGCUACUCCCUACUGGUCUCUGUCCUCGAGUACCAGACUGCAGUAAUGAGGAGAGACUUUGGAAUGGCUGAUAAAGUGCUACCCACAAUUCCUAAAGAGCAGCGUACCAGGGUGGCCCAUUUCCUGGAGAAACAGGGUUUCAAGCAGCAGGCGCUGGCUGUAUCUACAGACCCAGAGCACAGAUUUGAGCUUGCUUUGCAGCUCGGUGAAUUAAAGAUUGCUUACCAGUUGGCUGUAGAGGCAGAGUCUGAGCAGAAGUGGAAGCAGUUAGCAGAGCUGGCUAUCAGCAAGUGCCAGUUCGGCCUGGCCCAGGAGUGCCUGCACCAUGCCCAGGAUUACGGUGGUCUGCUGCUCCUCGCUACAGCUUCUGGUAACGCCACUAUGGUGGGCAAGCUGGCUGAGGGGGCAGAGAGGGACGGAAAGAACAACGUGGCCUUUAUGACCUACUUUUUGCAGGGAAAACUGGAUCAGUGUCUGGAGCUUCUGAUCAGGACUAACAGACUACCUGAAGCUGCCUUCCUGGCUCGCACCUACCUGCCCAGCCAGGUGUCCCGAGUGGUCAAACUGUGGAGAGAAAACCUGGCGAAAGUCAACCAGAAGGCAGCUGAAUCGCUAGCAGACCCUACAGAAUAUGAGAAUCUGUUCCCCGGGCUCAGAGAAGCCUUUGCCGCUGAGCAUUACCUCCGAGAGACCUGUCUGGGCACCUCCAGACCUGCUACAGAUUAUCCUCUCAUCACGCCCAAUGAAGAUAGAAACAUUCUGGAGGAAGCUCUGGGAUAUGAGCCCAAGGGAACGUUCCCUCUACCCGUCACAAAGACACAGGAGAGUGAGGAGGCUGACUCCGUCCCUGCAGCACUGGCAGCUAUUACACCUUCAAAGCCUGAACCCACCCCUCCAGCAGCUGUGGAUGAAGAAGAAAAGGAAGAGGAGGAGGAGGAGGAAGAAGUACCAACAUUUUCACAGUCACAAAAAGAUAAGACUCUGGAUGAGCUGGAAGUGGACCUGGACAACAUGGAGCUGGACGACAUCGACACCUCAGACGUUAACCUUGACGAUGAUUUCCUAGACGAUUGAAACGGCUCCUUUUCAGAUCUUAUUUAAAACAAAAAAGAAAGAGACCAAACACCCUUUUCCCCUUUUUUUUGUAUUUGUACGUACAGAUAUUAUAUUGUCAUGCUCUCCUUCUGCAGUGGCAUGAUUUCAGUAGAUUAUGAUGAUAUCAUUUUCAGAAGAAAUGUUGACAGAUUGCCUAUUUCAGACUCCAUUUUGUAAAGCAUUGAUGAAUUAUCGGAAAAAUUUUAACUGUCUGCUGAGUGAUGUUAUAUUUACUCCUCACUUUGUGUUGUCUGUAAUGGAACUUAAUUCAGUCCAAUAAACUGCAGCUGCUGUAAAUAUUCA